GCUAGUUGUUUAUAAAUAUAAUCUAUACAAGUAGCUGACUGAAUCUGUUCUUAUCCUGGUUUUCUUGCAAUGCAAGCUGAAGUAGAUUUUUAAAGGGGUCAUGGGAACUAACUCAUCAAAAUGUUCAAGUGAGAGACAAGUUUCUGAUCAUUAUUACAGGUCAGCUGAUAACUCUUCAUGGAAUAAUUAUGACUAUCCUCAGUCACCUUUGCCUCAACCAAGUCCCUACUAUACGCCUCAACAUCGCCAUGGACCACCUUCAUCGUCAUCUUUUGGCUAUAGAUCACCAAAAAGAAAUUUGGAUAGAAAAUACUCAAGAAUCUCUGAUGAUUACCAUUCCUUAGAUGAGGUUACCUCUGCUCUUGCACAUGCUGGCCUUGAGUCUUCCAAUCUAAUUGUUGGAAUUGAUUUCACAAAGAGCAAUGACUGGACAGGUUCGAGGUCCUUCAACCACAAAAGCUUACACCACAUAGGAAAUGAACUAAAUCCAUAUGAACAAGCAAUAUCAAUUAUUGGAAAGACUUUAUCAGCUUUUGAUGAGGAUAACUUAAUUCCAUGUUAUGGAUUUGGAGAUGCAUCAACACAUGACAAAGAUGUUUUCAACUUCUUUCCAAAUCAUAGGUACUGUAAUGGAUUCGAGGAAGUGCUAACACGAUACAGAGAACUGGUUCCCCACCUUCGGCUUGCUGGACCUACAUCGUUUGCGCCUGUGAUUGAGAUGGCCAUGACUAUAGUCGAGCAGAGCCGUGGCCAAUACCAUGUUCUAUUGAUCAUUGCUGAUGGACAGGUAACGAGAAGUGUGGAUACAAGAAAUGGCCAACUUAGCUCACAAGAACAGAAGACAAUUGAUGCAAUUGUCAAGGCAAGUGACUAUCCCUUAUCAAUAAUCUUAGUUGGGGUUGGAGAUGGGCCUUGGGACAUGAUGAGGGCCUUUGAUGAUAACAUUCCUUCACGAGCAUUUGACAAUUUCCAGUUUGUGAACUUUACUGAGAUUAUGUCAAAAAAUAUAAAUCCAAUGAAAAAGCAAACAGAAUUUGCUCUAUCAGCUUUGAUGGAAAUACCUUCUCAAUACAAAGCAACCAUAGAGCUCGGCAUACUAGGUCAACAAUGGCGAAGUGCUCCAAAUAGAAAACCUCUUCCUCCACCAAUCACUGCCGAUGUACCUUCGAGCAGCAGGACACAGAUUCACAGCUCAAGCAAUUUUCAGCACAAUGCACCUUCUUAUUCUGCAUAUGAAACAGAAGUCAACACGCCACCAUCUCAAAGUUCUACUUAUGAUAAUUGGGUCUGCCCCAUUUGUCUGACUAAUCCAAAAAACUUGGCCUUUGGUUGUGGGCAUCAGACUUGUUUUGACUGUGGAGAAGUGCUCCAAACAUGCCCCAUUUGCCGGAGCUCAAUCGAAACUAGAAUAAGGCUCUAUUAGUCAGCCAACACUGAUCUAAACAAAUCCCAAAUUCUGAGUUCCUACUCAUCAUCUGUUUGAUCUGCGAAAUCUGCAUCACUUGUGAUAGUUCUCAUGUUAUCAAGGCACAUGAAGGUUAGCCUUGUUACCUGUAAUUUUGGCAAGGACAUUAAAACCUUUACACCAAUAAUGUGACAACUUUCUUAAACCUGGACUAUUCAAGGAUGUGCAGGACUUGUUUGUGGACGAAUGUGGCUGUGGCCUAUGGCUAUGAGGAAUUGGUUUGUGGAAAAGUUGUGUAAAAUAUAUGAGCAGAAGAGGACUACGAUUGCUGUGGCUUCGUACAUACGGGAAAUUUUGAAUACUAAUAGAUCUACAGCCAGAGUUGGCGCUCAAAGCUGAAGUUUUUCAUCUCUUUAUGUUGUGUUUGAUUUUUUGUCUAAGCUUCAACAUUAGUAAUUUUGAAAUUAGGGUGAGAUCAAGUUUUGGGACUGCAAAAGUCAUAUUUUGUAAAUAAGUUUUUUUUUUGCAGCAAUAUUUUGUAAAUAAGUUUUGAUUAUGUACACAAUCUCAAUUUUUGCUGGUUGUAUAAAAUCUACAUUAUAAUAAAUUAAUAUUUUUCUA